GCUCCGCCGAAGGCGUUUGUCUCGGUUGUCAAACAGCUCCGCCGCGUUGGCCCGACGGUACGUGACGUGGAGAAGCUAAAGACGUGUCGGCUGGCGGCGGAUGCUGACCCGAAAAACCGGCCCGGACGCCGUCAACGCUGCCGCUCGGCGGCUAGCCGGCUAACGUUAAUUAGUUGGCUCAGAAAAGGCAGCAGCGCAGGACCAGGAUCUGGCCGAGGCUCUGGACUCGGGCGGCUCCGACAUGGAGAUGGAGCGAGGCAUCAACCAGGACAAGGAGCACUCUGCUCAGCACAGGGCCAAGAUGUGGAAGAUCGCUCUAAAUGUCUCCGGCAAAGGAGACAGCCUGUCUCCAUGGGACGGCGUCCUCGAUUUACCGGAACAAACCGCCAUUCACAACCGCAGCCAACAGCUGAUCGACCAGCUGGACGUGUCGGAGGAGGAGAGGCGCGACACGGCGUGCGACGUGGAGUCCGUCAUCACGUUCUACUGCAAGUCGCGCAACAUCUCCUUCAGCCCCGAGAUGAGCUGGCCGCAUCUGCUCAAACCGCUGCUGGGGCUCCAGCUCCCGCGCAGCGACCUCUACAACUGCUUCUACGCCGUCAUGAACAAGCACAUCCCCAGGGACUGCGUAGCGAGCGGCCGGCCCUUCCACCUGUACAGACUUCUGCUCCAGUACCACGAGCCGGAGCUCUGCUCCUUCCUGGACACCAAGAAGAUCACGCCGGACUCCUACGCCAUCAACUGGAUGGGCAGCCUGUUUUCCAGCCACUGCCCCCCCGACGUCACCCAGGCCCUGUGGGACUGCUACUUCCGGCUGGCCGACCCCUUCCUCAUCUUCUUCCUCAUGCUCAUCAUCCUCGUCAAUGCCAAAGAGGCCAUUCUCUCACAAGAAGGAGACAGCAGGGAGGACAUCAUCAAGAUGCUGGAGGAGUCUCCUUCUCUUCUGGAAUCGGAGGACGUUGAGGAUUUGUUUUCUCUGGCUCAGUAUUACCAGAGCAAAACCCCUCUGUCUCUCAGGAAGAUGAACCAGAAUCUGUUUGGUAGCAGCCUGGUGGCUCUGAAAGAAGAGGACACCGAUCUGAGUCAAGCGUUGUGUCUCCCCGUGUCCGUCCCCGAGAUCCUGCAGGCCAACCAGCUGCAGCAGGACGGCGUGCGUUUCUUCGUGGUGGACUGUCGGCCCGCGGAGCAGUACAACGCCGGUCACCUGUCCACGGCGUUCCACCUGGACUCGGACCUGAUGCUGCAGAACCCCUCCGAGUUCGCCCUCUCCGUCAAGUCCCUCCUGGAGGCGCAGAAGAACUCGCUGGAGUCGGGCUCGGUCGCCAGCGGGGAGCACCUGUGCUUCAUGGGCAGCGGGCGGGAGGAGGAGGACAUGUACAUGAACAUGGUGCUGGCGCACUUCCUGCAGAAAAACAAAGAAUAUGUCAGCAUCGCUAAAGGGGGAUUCAUGGCCCUUCAGAAGCACCUGGUGGACAUGAACAUCGAGGGCCUGGACUCUUCCUACCUCCACUGGAUCGUCAGCACAUCUGGAUCCCACGGCGGCCUCAGCUCCGCCGAUGGAGAGCUCGGCGGCGCCGCCGACGGGAAGGGCGUCAAGUCUCUGGUCAACAAGAUGACCUUCGCGCUGAAGACCAAGUCGGUGAACGUCAAGGAGAAGAUGAUCAGCUUCAUCGAGAACACCUCCACCCCCGUAGACAGAAUGUCUUUCAAUCUGCCGUGGCUAGAGAAGGUGGCUGCACAUCGACACGUGAGCUGCAGCGACCGCGUCGGCAAAGCGUACCGAGGAGUGAAGCCCGUCUUCAGCAUCGGUGACGAGGAGGAGUACGACACCGAUGAGAUUGACAGCUCGUCCACGUCGGACGACGACCGGAAGGAGAUCGUGAACAUCCAGACGUGGACCAACAAGCCAGACGUGAAGCAUCACAUUCCCUGCAACGAGGUGAAGGAGACCGGUCACAUGUUCCCCAGCCACCUGUUGAUCACGGCCACGCACAUGUACUGCCUGCGGGAGAUCGCCUCGCGCAAGGGCUUCGCCUACAUCCAGUCCAGACAGCCGCUGAACUCGGUGGUGAAGAUCACGUCCAAGAAGAAGCACCCGGAGCUCAUCACCUUCAAGUUCGGCACCAACAACUCGGCCGGCGUGGAGAUCUCGGCGGUCGAGAGAUAUUUGAUACCCAACGCUGGCGACGCCACAAAGGUCAUUAAGCAGCAGAUCAUGAAGGUCCUCGACGCUCUGGAGAGCUCGUAAAGACGGGGGCGCAAGGGGGGCGGGGACACAAACUGUAAGGAGAGUCUCUGUGAAACCCUCUGUCCCGCUGCACCCCCCCCCCCCCCCCCCCCC